AUGAAGCUAUUGAACCUCCUCUCGUUGGCGGGGUUGGCAGCGGCUUGUGCUCAUGAGCAUGAUGAUAAGGAGUGGACCAAGGAAGAACUCGAUGAGCUCGAGGCGAAAUGGGGUUACGAGUGGCCCUUUGCUGGUAUCAACACGUUUGCCCACCUCAGCCAUGUUAAGUGUCUCACUGAGCCCACUGAGCCCUUCGACAUUGCUAUAGUCGGUGUUCCCUUCGACACAGCCGUGAGCUAUCGUCCAGGUGCUCGCUUUGGACCCCGAGCAAUCCGCUCAGCGUCUGCCCGUCAAACAUCGAUGCGCGGCUUCAAUCCUCGGGCAGGUGUUAACCCGUACCAGAACUGGGCUAAAAUUGUUGACUGUGGCGAUGUUUCUGUCACGCCAAUCGACAACGGCAUUGCCCGUGAGCAGAUGACUCAGGCGUUCAAGCAGCUUGGUCGGCGGAGGACUGUGUCGGCGCUGGCUCCAAAGCCUCGACUUGUAACGUUGGGCGGUGACCAUUCCUUGGCUCUUCCUGCUUUAAGGGCGCUGAACGAGAUUCACGGGAAGCCAGUUCAGGUUCUGCACUUUGAUGCUCACCUUGAUACAUGGAACCCAGCUGCCUAUCCCUCAUGGUGGGGGGCUACUCACUUUAACCAUGGCUCAAUGUUCUGGAUGGCCAACCAAGAAGGCUUGCUCUCCAACUCAUCUUCUGAGCGCUCUGUCCAUGCCGGUCUGCGGACUCGUCUCACAGGCACUGACUUCUCCGACCACGAAGACGAUUCGUCACAGGGCUGGGUCCGCUUCACAGCUGACGACAUUGAUGACCUUGGUACCAAGGGGAUCAUCGACGGCAUCCUUAAGGUCCUAGGUACGGAGAACCCCGUCUAUCUUUCCGUGGACAUUGACGUUCUCGACCCUGCCUUUGCGCCUGGCACAGGUACCCCUGAGCCUGGCGGUUGGUCUACUCGCGAGUUCAUCCGCAUCCUCCGUGGCCUUGAGGGCUUGAACCUCGUUGGCGCUGAUGUCGUUGAGGUAUCUCCUGCGUACCAGAAUGGGGGCGAGGAGACAGCCCUGGCUGCUGCCCAAGUUGUCUAUGAGAUUAUCAGCUCCAUGGUCAAGAGGGGUCUCCAAGAUGGCGGUAAGGAAGGCAACGGUGGCAAUGCCGCUCAGGCCAAGGAUGAACUAUGA